AUGUCGGGGGCCGUGAUGUCGAACAAGAAACUCCAAAAGAUUAUGACCCAACCGAUUAACCUGAUUUUCAGGUUUUUCACACAACGCAUGCGGGUCCAGAUUUGGCUGUACGAACAGCCGGAUAUGCGGAUCGAAGGCCGUAUCAUGGGUUUCGACGAGUACAUGAACAUGGUUCUUGAUGACGCCGAGGAAGUUUACUUGAAGAAAAGAACGCGCAUUCCCGUGGGCCGCAUUCUGCUCAAGGGCGAGAACGUGACGCUCAUCAUGGCCACAUAA